AUGAAGAAGAUGGUAUUUCUAGGUUUGACAUGUACGACCGCGUUCGAAUCUCAGUCGCCUUUCUCCAAGGUUAAUGCCGACUUUGAAUAUGGGUCUUCGUUGCUCUAUCCUGGAUGGUUCCAAAAACUGUCUGUUGGAAUCGCCUUCUUUUCUCCUGUGUCCGUUGCACCUGUAAUAUCAUCACCAAACGACACCAUUGUCUCUUGCGUCGUGCGAGGAAAUGGCACUCCAGUUGUCAACUACUCAAAUGAAACUGUCUAUUCUUAUAACGCCGCCCUCUUCACUUGGGUCAAGAUCAGUGAUCGAUGGUGGUCGGAAGGUUCAGACGUGUGGCAAGGACGACACAGGUUCCAGUCACAAGUCGCUAAUCGUGGCAUAGUUGCCUUUGUUGAAGGGACCCUCAGUGGUCCGCCCAGCCAGGCCUUAGAGACCCCCUGGUCAGAAUGCUGGAAUACGACUUUGACUUUAUGCCAUCUGGAAACACAACUGCAUGCUGCGAAAUUGCUUGAUAGCCCCGUUGAAUAUUAA